AUGAGCGAGACGCUGAAGAACAAGUACCAGGUGUGCGAGGAGAUCGGACGGGGGCGAUUCGGCGUGAUCUCCCGGUGCUUCUCUCCGACGAAGAACUCCUUCUUCGCCUGCAAGACCAUCGACAAAUCCCUGCUCGCCGACCAAGCCGACCGCGACUGCCUCGAGAAGGAGCCCAAAGUCAUGCUCUUCCUCCCGCCGCACCCAAACAUCCUUCAGAUCCACGACGCCUUCGACUUCGACGACUCCCUCACCUUGAUUUCUCGACCUCUGCGAUCCCUACACCCUUUACGAUAA